AUGGAAGAACAACUAGUUCUUCCAGAAACCGGAAAACGAUCGAUUUCGCAUUGUGGCGGUGAUGAGUUCAAAUGUGGAAAUGGAGAGUGCAUACCUAAGGCCGAACAAUGCGACCGGAAAUACGACUGCUCCGACGGAUCAGACGAGACGAAAUGCGAAUACUUCAUUGCUGCUAUAAAGAACUAUCAAGAACAGCAAGCACCUGAGCACGAUGUUCAGUACCAAGAACAGGACGAGGAGUACGCACUAACCGAUCACGAUAGCUUGGAGCAUGAGACCGCUGAACUCUCAUACGGCGAAGAAGGCUUUCAUUUUGAGGACGUGACGUGUACGGAUCAGGAAUUCCGGUGUCCAUAUCUUGAAGAAACUAAAUGUUUUCAUUACGACAAACUGUGCGACGGUGUGGAUGACUGUGGUGACGGCAGCGAUGAGACAAACUGUGAAUCAGGCAGUCACGAAGAUGCAGAAUACAACGGUAACACGGAACCGGAGCCCGAAACACUACCUCCGCCUACACACACAUCGUCACAGUGCUCGUCAACAGAGUUCCGAUGUGGUGACGGGUCCUGUAUAGAAAAAUCGCUGGAGUGCAAUCGUAAAUACGAUUGUGCCGAUGGCACGGACGAAACUGAAUGCGAGUACUUCAAAGCUGCCAUGUCACGUCGUAAGCAAGAGGAACAGAAUGGUAACAACGGAAAUGAGGAAACGAGUAACAGAUCAGAAGAGAUGCGAAGAAGGGAGGAAAGCGAACAAAGACGGGAAGAAGAAGAACGGAGGAGGGAGAGUGGGGAACGUAGAAGAGAGGAGGAAGAGCGCAGAAGAGAAGAGGAGGAACGUAGAAGAGAAGGGGAAGAACGUAGAAGAGAAGAAGAAGAACGUAGAAGAGAAGGGGAAGAACGGAGAAGAGAAGAGGAGGAGCGUAGAAGAGAAGAGGAGCAACGCCGUAGAGAGGAGGAGGAGCAGAGGAACAGGAGCGGGGAACGUAGGAGAGAAGAGGAGCAACGCCGAAGAGAGGAGGAGGAGCAGAGGAACAGAAGCGGGGAACGUAGGAGAGAAGAAGAGGAACGAAGAAGGCAAGAUGAAGAACGAAGGAGACAAGACGAUGAACGAAGAAGGCAGGACGAUGAACGAAGGAGACUAGAUGAGCAUCAACGAAGAGAAGAUGAGGAACGACGAAGGCAGGAUGAAGAACGAAGGAAUGAGGAAAGAAGAGAAGAUGCUCGUCGUCGUGAAGAACAUGAGCGAAGGCUUGAAAUGGAUUCGAGACGUCGACAUGAAGAAGAAUAUCGAAGACGUGAAGAGGAAAGGCGACGACAUGAAGAGGAAGAGCGAGCACGUGAAGAAGAACGGCGUCGGCAACACGAGCAGACCCGCACCACUAACCCUCCGGCUACUAUUCAAUUUAAAGAGGAGUACGAUGAUGAGCUUCCAUGUCUUGAUCAUGAGUUUCAAUGCCAUACGGGCGAAUGCAUCGACAAACGUCGUCUGUGCGAUACUCGCGCUGACUGCAUAGAUGGAUCCGACGAAUCGCACUGUCCUGACAGGCAUGCCGCUUUUGCAACGACUUCGACAUCAUCUCGAGAUCAGGACAUCGACCAGGAUGGCGCGAGCGAUAUACAAAUAACUGUUUAUCCUGUCGAAACGCAACUACGGGAAGGCCGAGAUGUUGUGUUCGACUGUCGAGCACGAACGGCAGAUAACUCAUUUUAUCCACCGACCAGAUGGACACGAGUUGGUGGUCCGCUGCCUCCUCAUGCGAAUGACGCAUCCGGAAGGCUUACGAUUAACCCAGUAUCCUUAUCGGACGCUGGACAAUACGUAUGUACUGCCACACAUGGCGCAAAGACCGUUGAAGCACGUGCUACACUGCACGUUCAGUCGUAUGGACCUCAAGAGCUGCAGAGUCAACUGCCCUCGUCCGGUCAAUGCAUGGCUGACGAACGCGCCUGUGGAAACAACGAAUGUGUGAAGGCCGACUAUGUUUGUGAUGGCGAACCAGACUGUAGAGAUAGAUCGGACGAGAUGAACUGUCCAGCCCUGAGGCAAUGUGAACCCAAUGAGUUCAAGUGCCAUAAUCAACGAUGUGUCCAGAAAAUGUGGCUUUGUGAUGGAGACGAUGACUGCGGAGAUAACUCUGAUGAACUCAACUGCGGAGCACAAGAAGCUGGUGAAAUGUGCAAGAAGACGGAAUUCCAAUGCCGCGACCAAAGACAAUGUGUGCCGUCGUCUUUCCAUUGUGAUGGAACUAAUGAUUGUAGAGAUGGAAGCGAUGAGGUUGGUUGCGUGCAGCCAACUGUAGUGGAACCGCCGGAGACGAACAAGCAAGUCGCGCAAGGAUCAACUUUCCAGCUCACCUGCAAGGCGGUUGCCGUGCCAGAGGCCUACAUCAACUGGCGUCUUAACUGGGGUCCAGUUUGCGAACCUCCUCGUUGUAUCCAGACUUCCGAGGGCGGUUAUGGAACUCUAACCGUCAACAACGCACAAGCAAUCGAUCAGGGUGCAUACACAUGUGAAGCGAUCAACGUGAAAGGCCGAGUGCUUGCAACUCCGGACUGCAUCGUUCGAAUUGUGACUAUCCCAGCACCGGAACCACCUCGUCCUCCUCCUCAACCACAGAUUAGAUGUGAUCAUCGAGGAGCCGCAUCCCCGUAUCCAGAUCGCAGUGGAGCUUGUCCAUGCAAGCCAUUAGUGACCGGUCCUUCGUGUACUGAUUGCCGACCCGGAUCGUUCCAUUUGAGCGAAAAAGCGCCGCAAGGAUGUCUGAAGUGCUUCUGUUUCGGAGUAACGGACCAGUGCCGUUCAAGCAGUUGGUACAGAACGGAGGAUCGUCUGAUGUUUGCUGGAAGUUCAGAAGGAGUGAUGUUAUCUGAUAUAGAGGAAAGAGACGUAGACCGUGACACUAGAUUCGAUUACUCGAGAUCCGGAUUCCUGACCUAUCCUUCACAAAUUCCUGGAACCAAAUACUGGAGGAUGCCGCAGAGAUUCCUUGGUGACAAGGUAACCUCUUACGGUGGUAAAAUGGAGUUUGAAAUUAUGUAUAGCGGAAGUGGCUCGAUGAGUCGCGAACCUAUGGUCGUCAUCAAGGGCAAUCAAAUUGUCCUCGCUCACCACGUUCACAACCAGGAACAGAUUCUAUCAUCUGACAGACCAACCAUAAUUACUCUGGAAACGUACGAGUCGAGCUUCACUCAACUAAACGGAGCUCCUGCUACUAGAGAAGAUCUGAUGAUGGUUCUAGCUGACCUCGACUCUCUUCUUAUCCGAGCAACCCAUGUCGAUCAUCAGUAUUCUUCCAGCCUCGGCCACGUCUCUUGGCAAAUUGCUGUGGAUCGACCAACCUCUGAUGGACUUGCGCUUGAGGUUGAACAGUGUUCAUGCCCACCUGGAUACAUUGGAACAUCGUGUGAGGAUUGCGCUCCAGGAUACGAGAGAUCUGGUCACGGUCCUUAUCUGGGAACUUGUGUGCCUAUUCAGCAAAGACAAGCUCAGUGUACUGGCGCCGGUGCUGUUUCUCCAUAUGCUGGUCAUGGAGGAAGAUGUGAAUGCAAAACUUAUGCGCAAGGUCCGAACUGUGACCAAUGCCCGCCACAUUCCUUCUACAUGUCUGCUACGAACCCGCAAGGAUGUAUCCCAUGCUUCUGCUCUGGUGUCACUCAGCAAUGUCAAUCUUCGAGCUUCCGAAGACAGACAGUGGAAAUCAACUAUCCCCGUGGAGAUCGCGAUCAGCUCGUCCUAACAACAUCGGAUAUCCGACAACCGUAUCGCCCACCAACUCCUGCUUACCUUAGCGGACGCGCCAUCGAAUUCGUGAACUUCCAAGAGGCCAAUGGACAGACGCUCUACUGGAAACUUCCGGCUAAAUUCCUCGGGAACAAGGUUACAGCGUAUGGUGGUACAUUAAAAUACACAUUCCGAUUCUCCGGUGAAGGCAGAACUAACCAGGAGCCUGAUGUCAUCAUUAGGGGUAACGACAUAACCCUACAACACACUCACCGCGAAACAAUCCACCCUGAAAGAGAAAAUACCAUCGAACUGAAGUUCUUUGAAGACAGAUGGCAACGGGUUGACGGACAGCAAGGAACUCGUGAACACCUGCUCAUGGCUCUGGCUGAUCUUGACGAUAUUCUCAUCAAGGCCACAUACAUGGAAGAAUGUUCACAGUCUAGUCUCAUAAGUGUAUCGAUGGAAUUCGCUGAACCACAAGGACGUGGUCAACCAGCUUAUGAGGUAGAACAAUGUGUAUGUCCUCCUGGUUACAUCGGCACUUCUUGCGAAGAUUGUGCUCCGGGUUAUUCUAGAACCGGAGGUGGCUUGUAUUUGGGCCUGUGCGAACGUUGUGAAUGCCAUGGGCAUGCAACUCAGUGUGACAAGGAAUACGGUUUUUGCGUUGACUGUCAGCACAACACCGAAGGAGACCAAUGCGAGAGAUGCAAACCAGGAUUUGUGGGAGAUGCUCGACGAGGAACACCUCAUGACUGCCAACCGGCUGCGACAAGACCUCCUUGCCACUGUAACAAUCACUCUCCAAGAGGAUGUGAUUCCUUUGGAAGAUGCUUGCUCUGUGAGCAUAACACCGAAGGAACACAUUGCGAACGAUGCAAGAAGGGUUUCUACGGUGACGCCACCAAAGGCACUCCCUAUGAUUGCACUCCAUGUCCAUGCCCUGGAGCAGCUGACUGCUAUCUCGACCCACAAGGCCAGGUGGCUUGCAGAAAUUGCCCGGCAGGUCUUUCUGGACGACUAUGCGAUGAAUGUGCUCCCGGCUACACUCGCUCUCACAAGAUCGCAGGACGUCCAUGCGAACCGAUCGGUCAUGUAGGAGACAACGAAAGGACCUACGUACCACCACCACCGCCCCACGAAGCGCUGCGAGUUCGAAUCCUGGAGCCGAAACGCCAACUGGUUCCCGAGGGUGCGCAUGUGCAGUGGAUCUGUCAGAUCCUUGGACCCAUGCGCAGCCAUGUUCGUCUCGAAUGGAUACGCGUCGGGUAUCCGUCGUUACCCCCUUCAGCGGACUUCACAAUUUACGGAAACACGACGAUGUUGUACUUGAAAGGGGUCAGCGAAGAGGACGAGGGCCAGUAUCGAUGUAUGGCCACCACCGUCAAUGCGAUUGCUGCCGAUGACGCGACGUUAACCAUCAGUUCGUCAGCCACAGCUGGAAGACCACCGCAGCCCGUUGUCGACCCACCUCAUCUGACUGUAAACGAGAACGAGCCGGCUUCAUUCCGUUGCUGGGUUCCUGGAAUUCCAGACUGCCAAAUUACUUGGCACAAGGAACGAGUUGGAGGUGCUCUUCCCCAUGGCGUUUACCAAACCGGCAAUGCCCUCAAGAUUCCGAAGGCUCAGCUUCAUGAUGCUGGAAACUACGUGUGCACAGCGGUGAACGACUACGGUAUCGGACAGUCGCCUUAUGCCCGUUUGGAUGUGGUCAGACCUGCUCAGCGUCCACGAGUAGAUCCAAUCGAGCAGACCGUGAACGAGGGUGAACCAGCUCGUUUUAGAUGCUGGGUUCCUGGAAAUCAGGAUGUCCAACUGAAGUGGCAUCGCGCCGGUCAUCAACCUCUACCGUCAUCUGUGCAAGAACAUCAAGGCAUCCUCCAUAUUCCGCGUGCCACGCAACACGAAGCUGGACAGUACGUCUGCACCGCAACGGACCCUCGAGACAACCGGCCUCUGGAUUCUGAUCCAGUCACUCUCAACCUCCGUCAACCAGAGCCCGAACCGCAACUAACAAGACCUCAAGUCGAUCCACCUGAACAAACAGUGAAUGAAGGCGAUCCUGCACAAUUCCGUUGUUGGGUACCUGGAAACCCUCAGGCUGUUCUUCGAUGGACCAAACGCACCGGAGAACCACUGCCGGAGGGAACGCUGGAAAGAGAUGGUUUCCUUCGUAUCAACAGCGCUAAGAUGUCUGACGCGGGAGAUUACAUUUGCACUGCUUCCGACCCGCGAGGUGGUCCGCCUGUUGAAGCGCCACCAGCAAGGCUGAACGUUAGGCCGCCAGCUUUGGCACCUCAAGUUGAUCCUCCCUCACAAACUGUGGAUGAAGGACAGCCCUCAAGCAUACGUUGUUGGGUACCAGGAAAUCCAAGAGCUCAACUAAGAUGGAACAAGCAUGGUCGUCAACCUCUACCUUCACAUGCUGAAGAACGAGGUGGAGUCUUGACAAUUUCGCAGACCAGAAAAUCUGAUGAAGGUCAUUACGUUUGCACCGCUCACGACCCGCAGAGUGGUGCUAGCGCUGACGCUCCACCUGCACACAUUGCAGUUCGACAGCCUUCGAAACUUCAGCCACAAGUUGAUCCCAUCGAGCAGACCGUUCCCGAAGGCUCUCCAUUCCGAAUCCGAUGUUGGGUUCCGGGCAAUCCUCAUGUGCAUCUCACAUGGAGGCGAGCCCAUGGCGAUUUCAACGAAGAUUCCGAACAGAAUCAAGGCAUAUUCACUGUCAAUAGAGCUGAACUCACCGAUGCCGGUGAAUAUAUCUGUUCCGCGGAAGACCCUCGCACCGGAGAAGAAGCAGAGGCACCUCCAGCCACAGUGCAUGUGACUCCUCCGACUACGGUACCUGACGUUGGUGAUGUUGAACGAGGCCCUCAGGUUUCGCCGCCCGAACAAACAGUACCCGAAGGGGAUCCCGCUAGUAUCCGAUGCUGGGUCGAAGGAAAGCCAGAUGCAGAGCUUUCAUGGAAACGUGCCGAUGGUACACCAUUGCCGUUCGGAGCUACUGAUGAAGAUGGAAUUCUUGCGAUCAGCAGCACUUUGAAGAGUGAUGAAGGAGACUAUGUCUGCACUUAUCAUCCUCCUGAUGGACGUCCCAAGGAAUCGUCACCCAGUAGACUUAAUGUCAAAGCUCCUGGAGGUCCACCUAGACCAGUGGCAACUCCACCAGUACUUACUGUAAAGAGAGGUGAACCAGCACGAUUCCACUGUGAUGCGCAUUCUCCUACUCCAGCACAAAUUAACUGGGGACACGGAGACGCUGACAGCGAUCUGCCUGAUGGAGUCGUUCACGAAGUCGAUGACAUCACAAUCGAAGCGGCUGACGAAUCGCAUGAGGGAGAGUACGUGUGCUCGGCGACGAAUGAGUUCGGCACGGGAAUAGCGGAGCCAGUGAAACUAAUCGUCACUGAUGAAGAGCAACCACCAACCGCAAGAGUUGAGCCUCGUGUUUGGAACGGUAAACCUGGCGAUCGACAUCAAUUCAAGUGCAUAACAACAGGAAUCCCGACACCGAAGGUUCACUGGUCCGGCCCCAACAACUCACCUCUCCCACAUGACGUCACCGAAUUGGAUGGGAACGUGUUGGACUUCGCCAACGGACGAACUGAACUUAAUGGAGACUAUACCUGCACUGCAACGAAUCCAGUUGGAGAGGCAUCUGAUUACGGCUCCGUCAAUAUUGGCCCUUCAUUAACCGUGAAGACCACUCCGGCCGGCCCAAGGCUAAUCUUGACUGUGGGAGAACCUCUUCACGUUAAGUGUGAAGCCUUCGGCGAACCAGAGCCUGAGGUCGAAUGGCUGCAUGAUCCUGGACCAGAACGAGGCGAUCUGCCGGAUGACUACAAACCGGUCACUAUUUCCGAGCAAUUCAUCCGACAUCCUGCCAUAGGUCUAGGAAAUGCUGGUGCAUAUACCUGUAAAGGAUCAAAUAGUCAUGCUACAGCGACAAAGAACAUUUACAUCGAAGUAGUUGAACCGUCAAGAGUUGCCACUGUAUCCAUUCUUGGUGGAUCGUCACAAUGGUUCGAGCAGGGAGAACCGUCACAGCUUAUCUGCACUGCCACUGGAAGUUCUCUCGUCGACAGACUCGAAUGGAUUAAGGUGGAUGAUCAGCUACCAACAGAUGUGGAAGAACAUAAUGAGCCUGGACUUCUUCAUUUCCCCAACUUCAAGAAUUCUUACGCUGGAGAAUACGAAUGCCGCGGAUACCGUAAUAACGAACUUAUCGCAUCCAGUUCUGUCAUGGUUUAUUCCUCCACCGACGAGACUGAGGAUGCUAAGGUUGAAAUCGAACCUCCACGAGUACGAGUCGUUUCCCAGGGUGAAUCUAUUGUGCUCAAGUGUUCUGUUGAAGGUGCCAAAAAUGGUGAAAACUUCGAAUGGGCGCUGCUUCGAGGUGGAAACAUCGUCAGAAAACUCGGAAACGAAGCAACUCUUCACAUCAAGAGCGCUGAACCAUCAAAUGACUUCGGAGUGUACAGAUGCAAUGUUGAGGAUGACAACGGAGUAGUCAUCGGCAGCGCUUACACUGCUGUCACCGUUGGAUACAGCGGAUCGAAUAAUGCCCAAGUGGUGAAAUUCGAUGAGAAGUCCGACGCUUCAUUCACGUGCCCCAUCUACUCCGUCCCUGGAUCGAAAGUUGAAUGGUCGCGGGUAGAUGGCGAUCUUCCAUCGAACGCUGUUCCCAAUGGCAAUAAACUUGAAAUCAAGGACUUUGACGAUACUGCAUCGGGCAUGUAUAUGUGCAAAGUAACUUUCGAGGAUAACGUCGUCGAAGGCUACGUUGAUGCUCAGAUAUUUGUUCCCGACACAAUCAUUCAAGUUCUACUCGAUGUUUCUUCGGAGUCGGUGAACGUUGGAGAUCGGGCUUGGUUUGACUGCAAAGUGACAGGAGAUCCGUCAGCCGUCAUUAUGUGGUCAAAGGAAGGAGCCGAUGAAUUACCCGAAAAUUCUCAGGUGACUGGUGGUCGUCUCCUCUUCAAUUCCGUAACACAGGAGAACGCUGGUGUGUACAAAUGUCGAGCAAAAACAAAGGCAGGACCACUGGAGACGCGCACAGUGCUUAACAUCGGCUCAUCAAAACGCAAGCGUAAACAUACUCGUGGUCGCCACGCACGACGGAGUCACCGAAGGCGCGCCGCGAACGCGUCAGCGACAAAGAAACAUGAGCAGAAACAUUCGUUGGCACAUUCCACGUUUGGUUCAUGGUUCUCAACUCAUUAG